GUCGUCCUCCUCUUUCCUCCCCCAAUCUGCCGCCGCCGUCACGGUUUUGUCCGGCCGGUGAGGUGAAAGAUGCUGUCGAGGAUCUCCCGCCUCGGCGUCCAAGCAGCGAGCCUGGCCAGGCUAGGUCAAAAUCCAGCAACUUCAUGGAACCAGAAAGAAGCCAUUGGAUCUUGUAUGAACUAUGUGGGUAAUCAUACCUUAUGUUCCGCCACAGAUGCUACCGCCAGUGACAGGAGUGAGCAGCAGGAAGCUAAGAUAUCUGUGACAUUUGUUGAUAAGGAUGGAGAUGAAAAGCUUAUUAAUGUUCCUAUUGGCAUGUCAAUGCUAGAAGCUGCUCAUGAGAAUGACAUAGAACUUGAAGGAGCAUGUGAGGGAUCUCUUGCAUGUUCUACAUGUCAUGUGAUUGUAACGGAUGUCGACUACUAUAACAAAUUGGAAGAUCCUGAAGAUGAAGAAAACGAUAUGCUGGACCUCGCGUUUGGGCUUACAGAAACAUCUCGCCUUGGUUGCCAAGUAAUUGCAAGUCCUGAACUUGAUGGCAUACGAUUAGCACUGCCAGCAGCAACAAGAAAUUUUGCUGUUGAUGGGCAUGUUCCGAAACCACACUGACUAAACACUGGGUAUGUUGGGUACCUGCUAAGUUUUGCAGAAUAUGAGAUAUAGUUUUUUUUGUAUUUUCAUCUUGGUGUAUCCUCAAUAUUUAAGUUCUGCAUUAUUAUUUUUUCUGUAAUUUUUGGCACAAUGGCCACUAUUGCCAGCUUGCUUUGCCAAACAACACUCGUAAAAUUCAUUGUAAGAUGCACUGCCCAUUGCAAUGGUUGCAACAUUUUACUCAGAAAAUCGAUCAUUACUCAUGGUCCAUCA